CGCAUUACAAGGCAAGCGCGGCUUUAACUUGACACUACAACUGCGGCACAAGUACAGAACUUGGAAAAGUGAAUAGAGGCCCGAAGGCCGAUCACACACAGUCGGGACGAAACAGAGACCCCUCGAAGCACUGGUGCCUUUCUUAUGUUCUAGCCCCGCUGCACCGCUACACUUGAACUGCACCUUUAAAGAGCGAUAGAGCCACUAAAAAAGACCAGAAGUCCCCAAUCCUGUGACAUCGUACUCAUCCCACUUUCUUUGUACACUAGAUCGACGUAGGAGUAUUUCAAGGUACUCAGGUUCAAAGUACCUUCUUAUCAUUUGCAAAAUGGCCUCUCAAGACGAAAAUGAUCAUUUGCCUGAGGAGACUCAAGGCUACAAGCUCUCGCAGCCCAAGCAGAGCUUGGCUGAAUAUCAGAAUAUGGAUGCGAACGACGAGUCUCUCCAGCGCUACAAGCAGUCUCUCGGUCUUGGCGGCGGAAAGGAUCUUUCUGAUCCCAACGAUCCCCGUGUUUGUAUCAUCAACGCGCUAACUAUGGAAUCACCCGGCCGUGCUCCCGUCACCAUUGACCUAUCCGCCCCUGGCAGCGAGCAGACCCUCAAGGACCGCCCCUUCAAGAUCAAGGAAGGCUGCAAGUUCACCAUGGCCGCCAGCUUCAAGGUCCAGCAUGAGAUCCUUAGCGGCCUGCAGUAUGUCCAGGUCGUCAAGCGCAAGGGAAUCAAGGUCAGCAAGGACUCUGAGAUGCUCGGUAGCUAUGCACCGAACACAGACAAGCAGCCGCUUUACAGUAAGCGCUUCCAAGAGGAGGAGGCUCCUUCCGGCAUGCUUGCCCGAGGUCACUACAACGCCACGUCCAGCUUUGUCGACGAUGACAAGAAGACUCACCUGCAAUUCGAGUGGAGCUUCGACAUUGCCAAGGACUGGUAGAUGACCAGACAAGUCAAGUUCGACGGACAAAAAGUUUCAUUCCAGUUUGACGGUAGCAGUCGAGGGAAUACGGAUGUAUAUCCCCCAAAAAAUUCCGGCAGGAGAAUUUGGUUUCAGUCAGUUGAUUCAGGUGGCUAGGGGAUAGGAUGCUGUGCUGUGCUUAUAGGGGGUCGAUUCUUGAGUGUAGAUAGUUCAUUGCCGGAAUUUGACCAGUGCUCCGCUGAUCAUCUUCACUGCACUUUCU